AUGACUUACCUUUUUAUCACUAUUGAUCUUGCAACAAAAGGACAACAAACAAUCGCCUUAAUCUUAGCGCAGUUCGCUGUCACGAAUAAUUUGGUUGAUACUUUCGGUACUAGUUUUGCUAAACCUAUUUAUAUGGCUCAAUUGCUCUUGGUUUUCUUGACAACUUCGUUACAAUUUCAUCAUUCCGUUUAUGGGGAUGAUAUGCUUAUUCCCUUGAUCUCCCGUUACCCAAAAUUUACAGCUUUCCUCAUAUCUUUAUCUUUAUUUUCUAAUCUAAGCACGUGUGAGGAGAAAUUUAUAUCCGAUUGGUCUCCUUCUAAACAAAUAAAAACUGAAAUAACUGAGUUUGAGCAUCCGUUGAAUUGCAUAUACUUUGACCCCGGUCAUAAAAAUUCACAAACUGCACGAAAACCAAUAGCUGAAGAAUUACGUAAUGCUAUCCUCCAAUUAAUGGAAUAUCGAUUUUGUGUUUCUGAUUUUAAAAGUAAUUACAGAUUGAGUGAGACGGGACAAUCAGUGUGA